CUCUUUUUCGCUCCCGUGUGGCGCUUUGAGAUCUUAGGCCUCUUAAGGCUGCUUGUGGAUAAUCUCUGGCCGGAAAAAUGAAUCCAUCAAGAGCACUUUCUCAUGCGAUUGAUAUUCCGGCAAUCUCACGUGAAAGAUCCGACGAAGAAUCCCUCCUAUGCUCCAUGGAAGCAAAAAUGGAAGCCUUCUGCUCAUCAAUUAUCAUCUUCAAAGUUCCAGACGAAAUCAGUAUCGACAACAGAGAAGUCUUCGUCCCGGCCAAAGUUUCGAUCGGCCCUUUCCACCACGGCGCUCCACAUCUGGAAUCCAUGGAAGAUCUGAAGUGGAACUACUUGUGCGCUUUCCUCAAGCACAAUCCGUCUGUCGGUUUAGAUGAUCUUCUCGAAUUCGUUGCAAAAUCAGAGAGCCGAGUGAGAAAAUGCUAUGAGGUAGAGUUCCAUGAUCUCGACAGCCAAAAGUUCGCGCGGAUGAUGGUGCUCGAUUGCUGCUUCGUUCUCGAGCUGCUUUUGCGAUUCUCGAUAAAGAGGCUCAAACGCCGGAACGAUCCUGUUUUCACUACUCCUGGUUUGCUCCUCGAUUUGAAGUCCGAUUUGAUACUGCUUGAAAAUCAGAUUCCGUAUUUCCUUCUGAGAGAGGUUUAUGAAAAAGUGCAAGAUUCAAGGGAGGAAAAUAUGCCUCUCAAUGACCUCGCCUUCCGAUUCUUCAGAACUAUAGUUGCCGGAGAACGGCAAUCUGUUUACGACAAUUUCCAGCAAGAUGCAGAUCAUCUGCUUGAUAUCGUGCACUCUUGUUUCCUCUCCACAUAUCCUCGAAUCGAAACGAAAAACAACAAAUCGAAGACGGCAGAAUUACCUCGUGCGUCGAAGCUUAAAUCUGCGGGAAUCAAAUUCAAGAACGCCGUAACUCCGAAGAGCGUACUGGACAUCAAAUUUCAGAACGGCGGCCUCGAAAUUCCCACUCUCGAAGUGUCCAAGCACACAGAAACGAUUCUUAAGAAUCUGAUCGCGUACGAGAUCUGUCAAAUCGGAAGCGCUCAGCAAGUGAAAUCGUAUGUCGAUUUCAUGAGUCACCUUCUCCAGUCGGACGAGGACAUGAAGCUGCUCUGCGGACGAAAAAUCCUGAUCAAUCUCGAGAAGGAUGAGACGCAGAUUAUCGCGAAUCUGAAAUGGAUGAGGCAGCAGAAGGCCAACUUGUCGGGAACGUACUUCGCCGGCGUUGUUCAGAAAUUAAACGAGCCGCCGGACCGAUUCAUAGUAUGGUGGCGGAGGCUGAGAAGAAAUCCGGUGGCCAUCGGCGUCGUCGCAGUUUGGGCGUUGGUUGUGAUCUUCGUGGCGGCCUUCUUCUCUGCACUUUCUCUCCUUCAGCGCCGUUACAGAUGACCUCCAUAAUUCCCGUGACCUUCAACAAUUGCCAGCAACGAAUGCAUCAAACCCGACGAGGGAGGUCGUUCGUCAAGGAAAGAGGCUCAGGAGAGGAAGAAAGUUACGAUGGGAUGGGGAAGGAGAUAGA